AUGGUAUCAGACACUGAUAUAAUAGGGUUUAUAGCUAAACUGGAUGGCAACUCUAAAGUUUCAUCUCGUCAACCGUGAUUAUUAAGAAGUUCGAAAGGGGAAAGUUUCUAGCCUAAUUACUGCAGGAAUAUUGGCUUUAAGGGGGCUCAGCUUUUCACAUGAAGAGACAAUUAUUACUCAGUGAGCCUUACUGUUUUAGAAGGAAGUCAGUGAUUGUUAAAUUCAUGCCUCUGAAGGCAUACUGACACAAAAAAGAAACCUUGACGGUUGAAAAUCAGCGAGUGGAAUACAGACCGGGCAAUGUAAUAAGUUGUUUAAUUCAGGGUUUCCGACAAAAGAAGCACCUCUUCUUCUUCCUCCCCAUAUUUAUCACCAAUGGCAGCAAAAUCUAACAAGAAUACGAUACAUAACAAACUCGUCUGUGACCUUAGUUUCUGUUAUUUUAGUCUGUUUCCUCUAAGUAAAGAUCAAAAUCCAUCUUUGGGUGAUGCUUUGAUCAAUUCUGAGAAAAUGAAAGCCAAGGAAGAAAAGAAUAAGGUCACUUUGAUAGUUAUUUUGGAUUUGUUGUGUUGUUUGUAAGUCUGUGUUCAUCAUGUGGGUCACGGUUCACUAAGGCAUUGUCAUCAUGUGCGUAUUCACAAUUUUUCAUUUUGAAAUUGAGACAGUUCAUCGUACAUGGCACGUGAUGAAAGUUAGUUACGUUGCUUUUAAUUUCGUCGAGAAAAAGUGAACCAGGAGAUAAGGAGCAAAAGAUAGGGAAAGAACAUCUGGUGAAUAUGUAGCUACGAGAAUAUUUAUCUGUGAAUGAAAGUGAAAUUUACCUGAAUGUUAUAUACCCAGUGAUAUCCAUUUGGGAGGGGUGACACUUUCUGUAAUGCUAUAUACAUUGCUAUACGUUCAGUGCUACUUAAAUGAAACCCCCCAAAAAUAAAAAAACACACACACGAGAGAAAAAAAAAGACGAUAAAAAAAAAACACAAACAGAAAAAAAACCCGGCCAAGUAAAACUUGGUCAGUAAGUAUUUUAACUGAUGACAUGACCAUUAGUGAUGAAAAUUCCCAAAAUGUUGUUUCAACCUAAAUAGGACGCGAUAGACGAGCGCACGUCGGACAACCACGAACAAGAUUCAAGAUUCCUUUAAGUUUUUCGAUUCAAAACAAGAAACUCACGGUUUUUUCCCUAUCUUGCUGUAUAUUAGUUUAUGUUAUGAAGAGCAAUAACUAUUGUUGAUUGGUUAAACUUACUGUAAAAAGAGACACGCUGCUGAAAAAGUGAAGUGAUCUGGGUUGUGUUUUGCUCUGAGUGGCUCGCCUUGCAUUUUCACUUUCUAAUCAUCUGAUUACACUGCACUACAUAAUGAUGCAUAAAACACUCAAAAGAAGCUAACAUCUGUGACGUGCAUGAGAGACAUAUUACUUCAUAACAAAAUACAGGUUAUGUUCCGUAGCCUUCCUUUGUCAACUGUAUAGUGUAAAGCUGGGCGAUAACGAUAUCUGGUUUGAAAUCAUGAUUUAGCGUAUGGGUUUGAGUCUAUAAAUAUAAACUCAGUCUUUCACCCUCUGAGUUCACACGGCUCGCUUUUCAACCCAUGAUGUGAGAAAGGAUUCCAAAGAUUCUUGAAGUCAAUUAGAUUGUACGUGUGUGGGGCCGAAACCCGAUAAGUAGCCAAAUACGAAUUUGGUUGAAGGAACCCGUUCCAGCUCCAGUUGUGGUAUAACAGUUAUUUACGGGUAACAAGGUAAAGAAAGAACUCAGUAUAAGUAAAACACAUUACAGCUGGGAACAAAGCUAACAACUAAGGAAGAUUCAUGAACAAUAAUCAUCCUUUUUUGCCUCGGGCAUCAAACAACAUUUCCAUUGAGAAGUCGAAUGAUGCCGUGACGUGAUUGAACAUAUCAAUGAUAACGAGUAACAUUUUAUUAAACAAAAGAAAGAGAGCUUUAGAUUGUACUUUCACUGAUACCUGUCAGGGAUUUCAAAUGCUCACAUUAUCAUUCGCUGGCGAAAGGAAGAACUUCAGACCACAACAGCCUAUUUGAGUGUCUGCAAUGAGCAACAUAACUUUUCAAAGACAAAUAUGUUUUUCCAACAAAGGAUUAUUCGAAGAGGCUAUAAAUCUUCACGCCAUCAUUCCUUGAUUGCUUUCUCUUUGUUAUGCUUUGUUUUGUUUUAUUUUCUGGGCUGACAGCUAUUACCAUUCCAAAAUUGCAAUAAUUCUUGAAAUUUUGCCAUCAUUUGUUUUUUCUUUUGCUUUCAUCGACGCUUGAGGAGUUACUUAUCGUGAAGAUUCACUGAAAAAAGCUCCCAAUUUCUUCUGAUUACUAAGUUCCAAGCUACCAUUAUGUCUGCGAUCAUAACAGCAGUUUUCAAAGCGACUAUUGGAUGGCUUGUGGAUAAAAGCAGAGAUGAGGCAUCAAAAAAGCUUAAAGAUGGCGACGUAACAGAUCAACAGUUUCGCGGCAUCAUCAUGCGAGAAAUCGAUGACAUGAAGUCCAAGCUGGAUGGAUUAUCAAGGAAAGAUUUAUUAGCGAGUAUUGGAUUCUUUAGAGAAGGAAUCGAGUUGCUGUAUGAAGUAUUUGAAGGGAAAAGGUCGCGGAAUGAGUAUGGCGUGGAUACAGCACAAGCGGCUUGUGCGGAAGCUGUGUCGCUCGCUGAAGGAAUGAAACACUUGGAGCUUACUGAAUCUGCUACAAGAAAGCUCUCCCAUGCAAAGAAGAGAUUCGAACGUGCUCGUGAAAGAGCUACAGAUGCCUUUUCUAAUGAAGCGCUAUCACCAAAUGACCGCAUCUUAGCAAUGCAGUACCGAGUCAUGGCAACAGUAUUAGAAACAAUAGACCAUCCCGCAGAUGCUGUAGCACCAUGUAAAGUGUGCAUUGAAGAGCUAAACGGUCUGCCCAUGGUUCAGCGAAGUUUACAAGAACAGCUCAGGACAGGUAUCAUGGCAGUGAAGAGUUUAUUUAACAAAGAAGAACGACGGAAAGUUAUUUCCGGUGUCUGUCUUGUCAACCGCGUCGUCUACGAUGUCAUACAAACAGUACACGUUAAAGAACCAUUUACAAAUGAACCAUUUGCAAAAGGAUUAUUGCCACCAUUGCCCAUGAUUGAUACAGGGAAGGAGAAAGUUGAUCUGUUGCGAGACCGGAGAGUAACAAAAAUACUUUGUAAACAGGGUAUGGAGAACUGUAGUGUACCAUGGAUACUUGAUCAUGAUUGUCCGCUUGAUAUCGCUACCAACUCAAGCGGGCAAUAUAUUGUAACAGAGAAUGAAUCGACAAUCAAGGUGUAUGAUAGCAGUGGCAAGUUUGUGCAAUGUUUAAGACUUCCUCCUCUUAUUGAUGACAGCGGUGAAGAGCUAUGGAACUGGGCGGUUCAGCUAACCACAGACAUGAAUGACAACAUUUAUGUUAUGGUCACAGAAAAGAGUGGCGAGGGCCCAUACUGGAUUUUUAAGUUUAACAAAACCGCUGAUUAUCAUCACAAGUUUCGCGUCAGGAUAAUGAGCUAUAAAUUUUACUCGUGUAAACUGUCAGUCAGUGAUAGUGGUACAGUGAUGGUACUAAAGAUUAAAUGGGGAAGGAAACAUCAUAUUGUGGAUGUUUAUGAGACUGAUGGUCAGUUUGUUUGCAGUUUUGGAGAACAAAUCUUGACGAGCCCCCACGACAUCACUACUGUAAGUGAUGGCAGAGUUAUGGUGGUACAAGAGCAUCCGUCACGUGUUGACAUAUUUAGCGAACAAGGUGACCAUCUAAACACGUUUGAUCUGCAAAUAUCUAUGGUGUAUUCAAGAAUUGCAUUUCACAGGGCAAGUCAACAUGUCGUGGUGGUCGGUUGUAAGGACAAUGAUACAGACAUCUUGCAUAUAGAAAUUUACACCAAAGAUGGUGAGUUUGUACGAAGUACUCCUGUCAAUAUGGGACAGUCCCUUCCUCUGCUGGGGAUGGCAGUGACCACUGAGGGCCGCAUUGCAGUAGCAACUCGGCUUGAUGGUUUAGGACGCAAAGUAAUCAUAAUUUAA